UGACCAAGGCUGCACAGCCAGGCACUGGAAGCCAGAGGGUCCGAAUUCAAGCCCAAAGACUGCACUUUUAUAAAAACAAAACCAACCACAGAAGAGCAUCAGGGAGAAAGAGUUUGUACCCAGCUGGGAGUGAAAAAGGCCCGCAGAGGAGGGAGGCGCUGUAGGUAAGAAGUGGACGAAACAGUUCCUCCCCCUCCGGGGAGCUUAAGUUCUAGUCGGGGAGACACGCAAAAAACACCAUAAUCCCCCAACGAAAUGCGCUUAGGAGCUUCGGGAAGAUCCAGAGUGCGGUUGACACCAGGCCGCCGCAAGACCUACUCGAUUCGGGCAACCCCGGGUUCCGCCCAGCGCGAGUUGCUAGGAACUCGCCUCCGCGGCGGCGAGGGACUGUACCGGCUGGCCGAGUCUCGCGAGGAUCUUCGAGGUUUCGCGCGGGACCGCCCAUCGGUUGCCGGGAGACGCUGCGGCCGCCGUCGGGCGGGCGCCUCUGUCUGCAGGUCGCGGCGGGAAUCCACCACGAGAGCCAUGGCGCCCAAGAAGAAAGGGAAGAAAGGGAAAACCAAAGCUACCCCGAUUGUUGACGGGCUUGCUCCGGAGGACAUGAGCAAGGAGCAGGUGGAGGAGCAUGUCAGCCGUGUCCGCGAGGAGCUGGACCGUGAGCGUGAGGAGCGCAACUACUUCCAGUUGGAGCGGGACAAGAUCCAUACCUUCUGGGAGAUCACGAGGAGGCAGCUGGAGGAGAAGAAGGCCGAGCUGCGGAACAAGGACCGGGAAAUGGAGGAGGCUGAGGAGAGGCACCAGGUUGAGAUCAAGGUGUACAAGCAGAAGGUGAAGCACCUGCUGUACGAGCAUCAGAACAACCUGACGGAGAUGAAGGCUGAGGGUGCCGUGGUCAUGAAGCUGGCCCAGAGGGAGCACUGCGCACAGGAGGGUGCACUGCGCAAGGACAUGCGGGCGCUGAAGGUGGAGCUCAAGGAGCAGGAGCUGGCCCACGAGGUGGCGGUGAAGAACCUGCGGCUGAAGCACAGCGAGGAGGUCACCAAGAUGCGGAAUGACUUCGAGAGGCAAGUGCGAGAAAUUGAGGCCAAGUAUGAUAAAAAAAUGAAGAUGCUUAGGGAUGAACUUGACCUGAGGAGAAAGACUGAGAUCCACGAGGUGGAGGAGAGAAAGAACGGCCAGAUCAACAUGCUGAUGCAGCGGCAUGAAGAAGCCUUUACAGACAUCAAGAACUACUACAACGACAUCACCCUCAAUAACCUGGCUCUCAUCAACUCCCUCAAGGAGCAGUUGGAGGACAUGCGCAAGAAGGAAGGUCACCUCGAGAGGGAGAUGAUGGAGGUGUCCGCGCAGAACAAGCGCCUGACAGACCCUCUUCAGAAGGCUCGGGAUGACGUGACUGAGAUGCAGAAGAAGCUCGGGAACUAUGAGAGGGACAGACAGACCCUGGUUCGCACAAAAGCACGUUUGAAGGUUGCCGAGAAAGAGCUAAAGGACCUGCAGUGGGAACACGAGGUGCUGGAGCAGCGAUUUCUCAAGGUACAGCAGGAGCGAGAUGAGCUGUACAGGAAGUUCACCGCGGCCAUCCUGGAGGUGCAGCAGAAGGUGGGCUUCAAGAACCUGGUUCUGGAGCGGAAGCUGCAGGCGCUGAGCGCUGCUGUGGAGAAGAAAGAGGUGCAGAUUAAUGAGGUGCUGGCGGCCUCCAACCUGGACCCUGCUGCCCUGACCCUUGUGUCCCGCAAGCUGGAGAAUGUUCUAGAAUCAAAGAACAACACUAUCAAGGACUUGCAGUAUGAGUUGGCCCGGGUCUGCAAGGCCCACAGUGACCUGCUGCGCACCUAUGAGGCUAAGCUCCUGGCCUUCGGAAUCCCUCUGGACAACGUGGGCUUCAAGCCUCUGGAGACGGCCGUGAUUGGGCAGACGCUGGGCCAGGGUCCCGCGGGGCUCGUGGGCACCCCAACGUAGUGCCCACCUGGGACUGCUCCCUGGAUGACACUCCCUUUCACCAAGGACAGGAGCGGUUUGUCUAUUUGUAUCGUCUGCAAAUGAAGUUUUUCUACAUUUGC